AUGCCAGACAUUGAGGUCCAAAACCUCUCAUACAAGUUCCAAGAUGGCUCCGACGGCCUACAGGAUGUGGCCAUGAGCCUCCCUGCCGGAAGUCGAACUCUUCUCAUUGGUGCGAACGGAGCCGGAAAGACCACACUCCUGCGCCUACUAUCUGGCAAACGCCUGGCACCCACUGAUACCAUUGCGGUGGGUGGCAAAGACCCCUUCAAAGACGGUCUAGAAGGCGUCACCUACCUGGGUGUGGAAUGGGUGUUGAACAGCAUCGUCCGCACAGACAUCGAUGUGCCAACCCUCCUCGCCUCUGUAGGCGGAAAUGCCUACCCAGAGCGUCGAGACGAGCUAGUCGAGAUCCUGGAUAUUGAUCUCCGCUGGCGAAUGCAUGCCGUAUCAGAUGGUGAGCGUCGCCGGGUCCAGCUGGCUAUGGGUCUCCUACGGCCGUGGCAGGUUCUGCUACUGGAUGAAAUCACGGUGGACUUGGAUCUGUUGUCUCGGAGCAAUUUCCUGGCUUUCUUGAAACGCGAGACAGAGACAAGAGCUUGUACAAUCGUCUACGCUACUCACAUUCUUGAUAACUUGGCUCAGUGGCCGACUCAUCUGGCUCAUAUGCAUUUGGGCAAGGUGAAGGCCUUGGGAACCGUUGAAACAUUCCAUGAACAGGUCCCUGAUUGGGUUUCUGAGAAUAGUCGACUGGGUGAACUGGUUCUCAAGUGGCUCAAGGAGGAUAUGGCAGCUAGAGGACCUCGCAACGGCCGUGGCAGUCAGAAUAAGACCUACCAAUCGCUUGAGGGCAUUGGCGGUUAUGGGCAGGAGAAGGCCGUCGGAAAAUGA